AUGAACGUAAGGCUCGAUAACCUGGGCUCCUUGCUGGAACUUCGUUUCGAGAGCUUCGGAAAACUCGAAGAUAUCGAGCGUGCCAUUGCGCAGAGGACGUCAGAGCGUUUCAACGACGCUCUAUCUUGCUAUCUUACCGUGGCUUCGGAAGCGCCGAUCUCCCCGAAUAGCCGUCUUGCAGCAGCUACGUCUGCUGUCGAACUGCUGAACGACAACCCCGACUUCAGCACAUUAGAGACCCUCCUACUCGUCCAUUCUUACGUCAUCGAUGUUCUCUCCGAUGUUGUCUGGCUUGGGCAUACCAUCGAACGUCGUCUGGAAGAGUCUCAAAAGUUCGGCCGGCUUGUCAGCUCUGCUGUAUGCGCCGCGAUAGGUGCCGAUGCUCUAUCCAAAGCCGUGGAGUGGCUCGACGAGGGAAGGGCUCUCAUAUGGACGCAGUCACUAUCACUGUGUACCCCAUUGCGAGAUCUCGAGCAAACUUAUCCCAGCCUCGCACGCUCCCUCAACGAUGUGCAUGUGCAACUUAAGAACUCUGUCAACUUGUCGCAUCACAGCGAGGCUUCCACGCGGGUAGAGGACUACACGGCCGUUCCUGGCGCUGGCGCGGACCUUUCACCCUCGGAUCGGCAUCGAGGGCUUGCCAUCGAAUACGGGAAGCUCGUCGCAGAGGUUCGCUCUCUACCCGGCUUCGAGAGCUUCAUGCGCCCCAAGAAGCUCUCCGCGCUCUUGCCCUCGUCCGCUACUUCCUUCACCGGCCCCGUUGUCUUCAUCAACGUAGAUCGCGCUCGUUGUGAUGCCUUGAUCCUCCUUCCCGAAGGAACGAUCACUACGCUCACUCUACCUGAGCUUUCUCUAAAUAAAGCAGAGGCGCUACGCUCUCAAUGGUCAUUGUACCUCAAGCAACAGCACGUUCGAGAACGCAGCUCGUUGGUGCAUAAUCAACACCUUCCAAGUGGCACCUCUGCUACUCGCAUCCUCGACCGUCUUUGGCGAUGGGUUGUGAGACCAGUACUGGAAGCAUUGGACAUGAGCGCCGUUAGCACGAAUCAUAACCGCCUUCCCCACGUUACUUGGUGCCCGACCGGACCGCUCACGCAACUGCCUCUGCAUGCAGCGGGCAUCUACGAUGAAGACACCGGGCCGCGCGUGUACAACUUUGUGGUGUCAUCGUAUACGCCAUCGCUUUCUGCGCUGACGCGCAGCCUCGAUGGCCUUGCGACACAAAGGACAACCCCGCGCAUCCUCGUCGUGACGCAGCCGGAUGCACCCGGCUUGCCGCCAUCACCGGGUACGACAGUCGAGGGACUGCGGUUGCGCGACGUCUUCCAGGCCUCAGGGGCACCAUCCACAGCUCUUAACGGAGAGCAUGCGACGACUGGUGCAGUCGAACAUGUACUCAAGGAGUACUCAUGGCUGCAUCUCGCAUGCCAUGGCUGCCAGAACAUCGAUGACCCAUUGAAGAGCACGUUCGCGCUAUACGACGGCUCGCUGUCGUUGGCUGAUCUCAUGGCGACUACGGCGGACAAUGCGGAGCUCGCGUUCCUCUCCGCAUGCCAGACCGCCGUCGGUGACGAAAAGAUCCCCGAGGAGUCGAUGCACCUCGCAGCGGGUAUGCUCGCCGUGGGGUACAAAGGCGUUGUCGCGACAAUGUGGUCAAUACGCGACGACGACGCGCCGUUGGUCGUCGAGACGUACUACAGGAAGUUGCUUGGGCUUCGUGCACUGGGGAUGCUCGAGAAGGGGGAGACAGGCGCGGCGUAUGCGCUGCAUGAGGCGACGAAGCGACUGAGGGAAGAAGUCGGGGAGUUGGAGGUCGUUCGAUGGGCACCGUUCGUACAUUUCGGUAUAUAG